CAAGGCCUUGCAAUGAGGAAACGUUGUUCUUAAGCAAAUUCAAACCACCAGACCUAAGUAAAAAUUCAUUGCCAAGAUUUAUUGCCAAAAUAAAAAUAACUCACCUGUUUUUCGUGAGUAUACCAUUUGUAAAUUAUCACAGAGAGAAACCCAAGGAAUGCUCCAAUACAUGUUAUGAAAAAAACAUCCAUUACGCUUUGACAAAUGAACGAUCAUGCUCACUUAAAGAAUGAUAAUAUGUAGAUUCAUCGUCCUCACUGAAAUCUGCUAAAUAGGUCACGGUAACGGAAGUGUUCAAUAGGUUGCGCACGGAGUGUAAUCAACAACAAAAAUGGCGGCGCCCUUGCGACUCGCGGUUUUAUGAAUCUGAACGUUGUGAAUGACAUUUACAUAGGAAUAUUGUUAUUGAAAAGAUACUGAGAAACUCCGGCCAUCAUGACCUCUAUCAUCAAGCUCCAGGUGUUUUCUGGAGCCUAUGAUGAGUCUCCACCGUGUUAUCUACUUCAGCUUGAUGACUUCAGGUUUCUGUUGGACUGUGGUUGGGGAGAAAACCUAGCCAUGGAUCACAUUAAUGAAGUCAGAAAGCAUCUUGGCCAAAUUGAUGCAGUAUUGCUGUCACAUCCUGAUGCAUUCCACUUAGGGGCGCUGCCCUAUCUUGUGGGGAAAUGCGGCAUGAAUUGCCCUAUCUAUGCUACCAUUCCAGUAUAUAAGAUGGGACAAAUGUUCAUGUAUGACCUAUAUCAGUCUCACCACAACACGGAAGAUUUCAACUUAUUCACUUUAGAUGAUGUUGAUGCUGCUUUUGAUAAGAUUAUACAACUGAAGUACUCACAGUCUGUGAGUUUAAAGGGGAAAGGCCAUGGCUUACAGAUCACUCCAUUAGCAGCUGGACAUAUGAUUGGUGGCACUAUAUGGAAGAUAGUCAAAGAUGGCGAGGAAGAAAUCAUUUAUGCUGUAGACUAUAAUCACAAGAAAGAAAGGCACUUAAAUGGCUGUGUCCUGGAUACAUUUAGCAGACCUCAUUUACUCAUCACAGAUGCAUUGAAUGCCAACUAUAUGCAGGCAAGGCGGAGGGCACGAGAUGAACAGCUGAUGACCACCAUUUUGCAGACCAUGAGAGGAAGUGGCAAUGUUCUGAUAUGCUUAGACACAGCUGGCAGGGUUUUGGAACUGGCUUUGUUAUUGGACCAGAUGUGGAGGACACAAGAAUCUGGCCUCACUGCCUACUCUUUGGCAUUGCUCAACAAUGUUAGCUACAAUGUGGUGGAAUUUGCCAAGUCACAGGUUGAAUGGAUGAGUGAUAAGAUAAUGCGCUCCUUUGAAGACAAAAGGAACAACCCCUUCCAGUUUAAACACAUUCAGCUGUGUCACAGUUUGGCCGAACUGGCCAAAGUCCCAGAACCAAAGACUGUAAUAGCCAGUGUUCCAGACCUAGAAUGUGGAUUCUCAAGGGAUUUAUUUUUGGACUGGUGCACCAACAGCAAAAACAGCAUCAUCCUCACCAACAGAACAUCCCCUGGAACCCUUGCCAGGCGCCUAAUAGACAAUCCUUCCCAGAAGUCCCUCCUUCUAGAGGUACGGAAGAGGGUUAAACUAGAAGGCAUUGAGCUGGAAGAAUAUUUGAAGAAAGAAAAAGAAAGGGAAGCUGAAGAAGCUAGAAUUAAGGCAGAAGAAGCCUUAAAAGCACUGGAUGAGGAGUCAAGUGAUGACAGCGAUGUGGACAUGGAGGCAGAUAUGCAGUAUCAGGGGAAGGCUACUAAGCAUGAUCUCAUGGUUAAGACUGAGGGAAAAACCAGACUAGGAUUUUUCAAGCAAGCCAAGAAGUCAUACCCCAUGUUUCCUUUUAUGGAGGAAAAGAUACGUUGGGAUGAUUAUGGCGAAAUCAUAAGACCAGAAGACUUCAUGAUCCUAGAGACAACACUAGGAGAAGAAGACAAACUGGAAAACACAGCCACAGAAGACUCAGAGAUGCAAGAUAUGUCCGAAAUCCCUACCAAAUGUGUUUCUACAGCAAAGACUUUCAACAUUCAGGCUAACAUUAUCUUCAUUGAUUUUGAGGGCCGAUCAGAUGGGGAAUCUAUUAAAAAGAUAUUGAAUCAGAUCAAGCCUAGAGAAUUGAUUCUGGUCCACGCCAGUCAAGAUGCUACAGAAUCUUUGGCAGAAUACUGUCGUAGUACAGGGCUGGUGCAGGGCGGCAGGGUCUUUACUCCAAAGACCAUGGAAAUAGUUGAUGCGACCAGAGAAGGUUACAUUUAUCAGGUUAGGUUAAAAGAUUCCCUGAUUAGCAAAAUAAAACUUGCUAAAACAAGAGACAUUGAACUCGGCUGGGUAGAUGGAAUGCUAGAUCUUACCAAAGCAAAGACUGACACUAGUGCUAAGUUUGAGGAGGCAGAUGCACUAGAGAAGAAGAAAUUGGGAGCAGAGGAUGAGGACAGUGGAGACCUACAGCCUGUGCUGGUAUCUUUGCCCUCUAACCAGGUCCCAGGCCACUCUGCUGUAUUUAUAAAUGAGCCUCGCUUGUCAGAUUUCAAGCUUGUCCUACAGAGAGCAGGGAUCUCGGCAGAGUUUUCGGCCGGUAUUCUCUUCUGUUGCAAUGGAACAGUAGCUGUGCGCCGAAAUGAAGCUGGGAGGAUUCAAUUGGAAGGAUGUGUAGGAGCAGAUUAUUUCAAAGUACGAGAACUGUUGUAUGAACAGUAUGCUAUAAUCUAAACUGGAAUGUAAAACUGUUAGCAUUCACAAAGGAAUUAGAUGACAGAAAACGAAAUUCAAAGCCCAGGAAAAAAUAGAAUUUUAUGGUAAUGGAGUCAAAUUGUGUUGGAGUCACAAGAGGCCAGGUAUACCAUUCAGGACUUGAAUCGACCAAGUGAUUUUGAUUGUUGAUACAUUUAAGUAAAAUGCUUUAUUUAGCUAAUAUGUACUUUUUUGUUGCUAAAAUGGACUAUUCAUAUCUGGGUUAAAAUAAUUGCUAUCCUUGACUGGGAUCUUUACACUUGGAUGAAAAGAGAUCUUUAUACCUGGGUGAAAAGAGAGCAUCUGUUAGCCUCCAUGCUUGCAGUGGCACAUGUAACAUGGUUAUCUGCCAUUUUUAUGAUUUAAUCCAACGUCUAGAAACAUAAAUACACGUAAAUACAGUAGAACUGUGUCCUACUCUCGUAAUACUUGUGCGAAUGAAGUGUAAAAAUAUACAAAAAAUGUUCAAUGAACACUGCCGCACAUGUACUGAUGGGAAGCGCUAAGCACACUGAUUGUGCAUGUGUGGCUCACAUCUCAUUUUAACUUCCGUAAUAUUCGUAAUAUAAGACGAAGUGGAAUACACAAUUUUCUAGUA